AUGACUGGCGAGCACGUUGCCCUCACCUCUGAUGGAUGGACCCCGGCCAGCAACGACACGUACAUGUCAUUCACUUGCACCUACAUCUCAUCCAACUUCGACCUGGUGGCCCUCUGUUUGGAGUGCAAGAAGCAUGGAUGGCGCACGGCGGGUGAGGAUCUCGUGGAAGCCGUGAAAGCCAUGAUCGCCCGAAAUGGUCUGACGGGUCGUACCGUGGCAAUCACGACGGAUUGCGAGCUGUCCAUGGUGAAGGCGGGUCGUCUCCUCGAGGAAAACGAGGGCGUUACCCACCUGGGGUGCUUCUGCCACCGCCUCGAGUCGAUCACAUCUCAAGCAUUCGGCGGCCCGGGCGUGUCGAAGGCGCUGGCUCUUGCACGUGGCGUCGUGACGCGCUACACCAUCUCUAGCCAGGCCUCCGAUCGUUUGGAACAGGUGUGUGACAUCGUGCAAGUGGAGAGGAAGAACGUCGUGCAGGAUGUCGAAACGAGGUGGUGGUCGACGUAUGUGUCCAUCUGCCGCCUUAUCUCCCUUCGCCGGCCCAUCACAGAGCACGAGAUAAUCGACAGCACCCCUCCCUUACUUAAGGAGAAGGACUGGGAGGUGCUUCAGCUGGUGGAGUCGCUGUUGAAGCCGUUUAUGACGGCGCAGAAACACCUUGAGGCGUCCAAGGAAGUCACGGUGAGGUUGGUGAGCCCGUACAUCGCUGACCUGCAGGACGGACUGGACGAAGCGGUAGAACGUCUCCAAGCCCACUCUUGUCCUGCGGAGUCGAUCGUGGCCGAGGCAAAAAAGGAUGUUAUUCUUUGCGCCCAAGCACUUCAGACCGACCUCAGUCGUCGUUGGGGUGACAGAACCGACGUGUUGGUGUACACGGAGGGUCCUCGCCGGCAGCCCCGCGGGUUCAAGAAGGAGCAAGUGCUUGCCACUGCUUUGGGUCCCCGGAGCAAAAGCCUGUAUGGGAUCGAGGAGACCGAGCACUCGGACGUGUGGGAUGCCGGUGCCAACGAGGCGGUCAAGGUGGCCAUCGAAGCCAAGGCUACGGAAGACANAGUGCUUGCCACUGCUUUGGGUCCCCGGAGCAAAAGCCUGUAUGGGAUCGAGGAGACCGAGCACUCGGACGUGUGGGAUGCCGGUGCCAACGAGGCGGUCAAGGUGGCCAUCGAAGCCAAGGCUACGGAAGACACCCAGAGCGCCGGCGCAUCUUCUUCCCCUAUUCCGGUUGAACCCGCCGCUGCCGCCGCUCCUCAGCCUCGGCGUCGCCGUGGCGUCGCAGCAGCUUCCGCGGCGCACGGGGACAAGCAGCAAAGUGCCAAUGCGAGCUCUUCGCCUUUAAGGCGGCAGAUGGAGAGCAUCAUCAGCCGGGAAGUGGACGCUUUCAAGAUAACGCCUGGGUUAGCAGUGUCCUGGGAAGAAAAGGGCCAGGAAGUUCGCGGCAAGCCACUUGAAUGGUGGCGUGUCAAGGCGCGGGAGUAUCCCAAGCUGGCUUCACUUGCGCGCCGGGUACUGUGCAUCCCAGCAUUUCAGGCUCAGUCGGAGCGUGUAUUUUCAUCGGCAGGACUAGUCGUGACGAAGACACGCGCUCGCAUGGACCCCGAAAACGUAGGACUGAUGGUGUUCCUGCGCAAUACUCCACCCGAGCUGUCUCUUUUUGGCUCGCCGUGGACACUGCUGUGUGUAAUGGAUGCUCUACUGGAGGAUGUGAGGCAGGAAGCUUGGAAAGGGAUGAUCCCCACCGAGCUAUCUAUGGAUAGCUCGGAGGUUACUUCUCUCCAAAGGCCGCUUCCACUCUACCUGCUGCUGCCGCGCAUGGGCUUCCUCCCGUGCGUGGCCGAGGCCAUCUCGCACCACUUCGGCGAAGUUGCUCCCGACGCCCAGCGCACCCUGUGGCUUGAAGAGACGAGAUCCGGAGAGCCGUUGAGAUGGCAUAUCCCUACAGGCGUGUUGUUCGACCUGAUUGCGGGCGUUGGGCAAGAGGAAGGCGGGAGCGCCGCAGGGGUCGUCGGUGGCGCAAAGCAUGGUGAAGCUGUACCGUGGUCGGGUCCCGGGCGUCUGGGGCUGCUGCCGUGGAGGAUUACUGUGCACUUCCAAGGGUGCCCCCGGCGACAGGUGUUUCCCCUAGAGAAGGAGGCGGACAUCCGCAGGCACUACACGAACGCACUGAAACAGGCCCUGUUCCUGCAAUCCGGCUCUUCCAGGGCGGGGAUGACUCUCGCGAAGGAGAACCAGAACCGCUUGUGGCAGGCGAUAAAAAGCAACGAUACCAAGAUGUUUCACGAAAUGGACGCUUUAUUGGGCGGGGACAGGGGAACCGUCCGCCUGGUUCCGGUUCGGCUGCUGACUGGAGGGGCUCCGCCGUCUCAGCUUCCUAUUCCCGCGCAGCGACCAGACGGCACGCCCUUCACUCUGCGGGAUUGCCUGUGCUGGUUAUGUCCAGGCGUGCCGUGGGAUGGUGAAGAGGGCGCGGAGGAGGCGCCCGUAUCGCGGCGGCAGCAGCAGCAGCAACAGGCAGAGACUGCGGCAGCGCAGCCGGGGAAAGGAGACCUAAGACGGAGAGACUCCACUGCGGAGGGAACUGUAAAUACUGUGGAUACCCAGGGAAACGCGGCGGAAAGAUCAGGAGUCGAGGAGAAGCUGGAGACCGAUACUCGAGUUAUUGCAGGACAACAGGCGGGGGUGCUCGCUGUGAGUGGUGGUGGUGCAGGAGCGAUGAGUCUACCGACGGUGUUGGUUCAGGGGGUGGAAGUUCCGCUGGAUGCUCCGAUCACGCAGGUAUGGGGUGCGCUUCGGCAUCCCGACCACUUCUUGUACAUUGUAGUUCGAAAACAAGGGUAAGGGAAGUUACCAGGGUUGGGAACAAAAUAUGUUUGCGUUCAGUGUCGAUCUUGAUGUUUUGUGGCGUUUGAUAUCUGUGACUUAAGUGAACAAGGUCUAAACUCGGCUUUCGAGUUAGGUGAGGUUGUCCCAUGACCAUGUCCUCGUUAGAGGGUACAAGCUUGAAAGGUUCGCUCUAUGUACGCUGGAUCGGU